CGCGCCGCCCGCUGCCCGCGUUUGCACACCGUAACAUACGGUUAUUCUCCAAAACAAAGCUUGCUUUUUCCUUCUCUUUCAUUGCCUUUGAUACUACGUUACUAAGUUAAUCCUUGAUUUAAAACAAUGGUUAACGACGAGAAAUUAAUCGAGCAAAUUAAAAGAUUCCAACAUCUGUACGAUCUCGGCCAUCCGAAAUACAUGGACCCUCAAAGAAAGAAUAUGGCGUGGAGGGAGAUUUCAAAAGAAUUGAAACAACCAGUUGUAGCCUGCAAGCAAAGAUGGCAAUGUUUGCGGGAUUCGUACAGAAGAAUACUCAGAAAAAGAAGUAAAACACACUGCGCUGACAAACCUAAUAUGAAGAAAUGGAAAUAUGAAAAAGAAAUGGCUUUCCUCAUUCCAUUUUUCGUUGAACGUAAACCUUCACAAUAUGAUGCAUCUACUGACGAAGAGGCAUCAGAAGAUACAACAGACGAAAAUAUAGUAUCCACUCCAUCUCUACAUAAAUCAAUUAGAAAUACAUCUGCUAUCCCAAGUACUUCCAGCACGGUGGAUGCCGACCGGACAGCUCAAAAUAAUCGAAAUUCCACAUAUAUUUCUCAAGAGCCGAAUUUAUCGGUGCUAAUGGCGCAUAUUCUGGAAAGAGCUAAAGAAAAAACAGAUGAUAUGGAUUCAUUCUUUUUGAAUAUUUCCUCAACGGUAAAGAAAUUUUCUCCAUACCAACAAGCACUCGCAAAGAACCAAAUUUUUACUUUAGUUUCGGAAAUGGAGAUAAAGCAGUUAGAACCUCCUGUUGAAGCUGCUCCCACGACCACUACUUGGGCAAGACCAGGAAGCCCCGUUUACAUGCCGACCUCUCCUACAUAUAUGUCCACCUCUCCGUCGCACAUACCUAAGACUGAAACCAAUACUUAUAAUGUUAACUUCAAUUGAGCCACUAUCCACUUAGUCCUAAAAAUUACACUGAUAGUUGACAGACUUUAAUACAACAAGAAUCUAAGGUGUUUCUAUUUUCCGAAGAUGAAAGUUCUACUUGUGGCAUAGUAAUCAUGAUAGAUGAUUUAAUGUUUUGAAUUGUUUACCUGCCUAUGUGGCUAAGUUUCCAGUAUUUGAAAAGAAGGCAUUAAUAAUUUUUUUAUUGAAUUGCUCUUCCAACCAAACACGACUAGUGCCCAGUUUUCUGCCCAGAAUUUUAUGAGAAAUUUCCUUCAAAAUUUUACGAGAGGGCGUAGUUUCAAUAGCUGUUGCCGCUGACUGAACAGUCUAUAUUGUGGCUAGCAAAAGGACUUAUGAAUGGGAUAGGUAUUAAACAAUUAAACCACGUGAAACCAUC